AUGGGAGCUUUAGGUCAAUAAACCGCAUAAUUUGGUUAAGUUUAAUAAUCAGGGUAUCUUGGAUAGUAAUCAAAUAUAUAAGGAGGUUAGGUUGGAUAGAUAUAAUAACAACCAUCCCUUUAACCGCAAUAGUAAUAAUAACCUUAAUAACAAUAAUAAUAAUAACCUUAAGUAAAAUAGUAUACAAUUUUACAAAUCAAAAAUGAAACCCAGAAACACUUUGAUAAUCUAUUAAAAUCAAUCAUCAAUAAAGAAAAAAUUGAAAAGAAUUAAAAAAAUUUAUAACUAAUCGAAAAAAAUUCUCUUAGAAAUAUUUAAUAAUAAUAACAAUAAUAACCUCAAGCGAAUCCCUCAAUUGGAUAUGGAAUGCCCUAACAAUAAUAACUAUUAAAACCAAUUUAAAAGGCCGAUCCCAGAAAUCAUACAGCAAAGGUUGAAAAAUAUUAUGGGGAGUGGAAUAAAGGAAUUUAAAGGAUUUCUUAAAAAUAGGGAGAAGCAAUCAACCAAUUGAAUGAAUUAAAUCUCCUUUUAGCCUAAUAGGAAACGUAUUACGAGAUCGAUGAAGAGUCAUUGAUGGAUUCUAUAAAAUAACUUGACAAAGAACUUAGUUAAUUAGAACAUAAGGUUGUAAACGUAGUUAAAUUGUAAGAAAAAAUUUUGGGAUUAGAAAAAGAAGAAACUGAAUGGGAUCAAAUUGUAUGUAAUUUAAGUGAAUGUUUGACACUUUUAGAAAUUUAGACUAAAGAAGUUGAAGAUCAAUUGCACCAAGCAGAAACACACCCAAAAGUAUUAAAUAAAUGA